GUACGCUCCUGCUGCACACAACAAAUAAAAACCACCGCAGACGCACGCACGCGCGGUUGACAGCAACAAGUCAGGCACGGAAUGCACACGGUCCAUCCACAAAGCCCCAUAAUCCAGUACCCACACACUGCGAGCAACGCUACUACAACUCUGCUUCGACUGAGCAGCGUGUUCCCGGGAGCUGCAAGCAAACAGGGCAGCUUUAGAAUUGGGAGGGGGAGCAAUUCCACAUACACCACAGGAACACCGGGCCCGCACAUUUGAUGGGCACUUCCAGCUAGUACACAUCGUGAGACGCGUUAGCCAGGUGCUUCUGCAGGGAGGACAGAUCUGGUAGAGGCCAACGUCGAAGCACCCUCAGGCUAGCGUGCGUGGCUAACGCGGCCACCUGCUCUUGGCAUCCACAGGAAGCUUCAAGAAGUCACACAAGCCGCCACAAGAACAAACAUCGGAAUUGUUCCAAUCCGGAGAGGGGUGGAACGACGGAAAUCCUUCUGCCCAACAACAGAGAGAGAGGGUUGUUCGGAGCACACGCUACACACAAGCCGAUGGAGGUUGCCGUUCAAGUCUUCGGGGCGGCAGGUCUCGUUGAAACCGUGGUAGAAGUCGCCUACGUCGUUUCCACCCUGCACCGACUCACCACCUUCGAAGAAUGGUACUUCUUGGCCUCCGUUAGCUUCGAGGUGGCCGGCGAGCUCCUCUUCCUCUUCGCCGGCAUCUUCCUCCUGAGCCGAAACUCGAACCGCCGAACGACCGCGAGGGCGCUCACGAAGGACCCGGUCCACCACGUGGCGGCGGUCGCUACCGACUCCGACUACAUGAGCUGGGAGUUCGCCGCCCUGUCCCUCGCCUCCACCGUUGUCUCCCUAGUGCCGUUGCUCGCCUGGGCUACCUUCCUGCCGGUCUGGGGGGAGCCGUUCGCUGAAGACGACGGCGACGAAGACCUACGCGUAGCCUUGUCCGCGUUUUCUCUGACCGGGGUCGUAGCGAUGCUAGCCUCUGCGGAGAGAGCCAGGAGGUCGUCGCCGGGGUCGAAGCGUCAGCGAGCCAUGGACACCCUGGUGGUUGUCGGCGUCGUCAGCUACGCCACGCAGAAGGCCUUCGAGGUGUGCGUGCUCGCGUCGGCCUGGGAAAGGCUGUGCUCAGGCGUGCUGGGCAAGGCUCUGGUCGUUCUCCUGACGGUUGAGAUUUUGUCCGUGGCGUUUGCCGUGGUGGUGAUUUUCUCGGUCGUUCGCCAAGACUUGUAGCCGCGCCGGGACCAAUCAAAAAAGGAUUCAUUGCUAAUCUAUCUUGACUUCUUUCUAUAGAUAGAGAUGGAUUUGUUGUGUGAUAUUUAGAAGAAAAAAAAACGUUCGAGACGUGUGGCAGGUACGUGUGCCGAAGAGGCCCGAGCUGUGCCGACGAGGCCCGGCCUGUGCCGAAGAGACCCGGCCUGUGCCGAAGAGGUCCGGCCUAUGCCGAAGAGGCCCGAGCUGUGCCGA